AUGCAUAAUACAAGAAUUAGCAAGUUAACUCAGCUUGAAAAUGAAAAUAAAGAAUUAUGCAAAUAUAUUCAAAGGUUAGAGAAUUCUGGAACUGUGUCUUUAUCUUCAAUUAUGAAGUAUCUCCAUCCAAGACAAUUAUCUGUAGAAAAAAAACCUCAAGUCAGGCUUAAGGCCUUCAAGUUUGGAACACUUGUGACUGCAGAAUCGAUUGUAAGAGAAUUAGAAGACAGAGAUAAU